GUCCACGUGAGUUAUCUUUUCAAGAUGGCUACAUCUGAUGCAGGAAAGUUAGGUUUGUGAAGGUUUUUCUCUUACCAGUUUGAACCAAAUCAAGUGGCGCAUCUUAGAAGUAAUUGUUACCUGGAUUGUAGCAAGAGGUAGAAUUGUUUGAGGCAGGUGUCUCGAGGGAAGGAGAGCCAUGUCGAUAGUCACAAUCAAAGAAUCUGUUCGAAUUACUUAACAUUGCUAGUAGUAUGCUUAAAUGGUUUAAAUUCAAGAAAUCAACUGAAAACUGAUUAAAAACUAAGUGGAUAACUUAGUUAACUUUACUUUAACUGGCAUUAUUGAUCAACGGCUAGCUGAACAGUGAAAUUAAUACAAUUGAAUUUUACACUGAACUGUUUCAAAGGAAUUUAAUACACAAAAACUGUUAAGAACAAAAUGAAAUUAGAAUAACAAUAAUUAUGGAUGAUACGUACUCUGAAAAGAUUGUCAGAUGGCACGUAUACCGCUCUAAUGAUUGCCAGUUCAGAUCCUCAAGCACAACAGAAAGUCUACUAUUAUGAGAGAAGUCAUUAAGGGGGUAAUUCUGGUUAGCCACUCAAAAUUCAGAAUCCAAUGACCAUAAGUCCAUUUUUAUAAAUGUAAUAAUGAUCUCACCUCCAUUUAAUGGACAUAUUAAAAACCUAUUGUUGUUAUACCACAAGGUGCUUGAGAUAUGUUCAAACCUCCUUGUUAUAGGGUCCCGAAUAGGUUUUUUGGGAUGUGGUAUAUUUCUUUUCUAAAGGCCAGGAUUUGGCAUUUUUAAAGCAAAGUGGGGACAAGAUUCGGGAGUGAAAGUAUGCAUGGGAUGUGGGAUGUCGAAAACAACCAUCAGAUUUACUAAACUGAGCAAAAAUUUGGGUAGGGAUGAUGAGAUUGAAAAACCCGGUUACAGACCUUCUUUUUACUUUAUUAACAUAUGUAAUAUUUCCUUACACAGCAAUUCUUAGUGUCUCCAAUAAAGAGGGACUUGUGGAAUUUGGCAAAAAACUUCACGAGCUGGGAUUCAAAUUGAUUGCAUCUGGAGGAACAGCUAAGAAACUCCGAUCUGCUGACAUUACCGUUGGGUAAAAAACUUUUCACUGCUAAUCAUGUUUUACUAAUAACUUCAUGACAUGUCACCAAUAGUUAAAGAUCUUUUUUAUCUUUUCUAAGGUUGAAUGAUUAUUUUUACCUCUUAUACUGUUCCCACUUUUUAUCUAGGAUCAUGUUCGUUAUGGGGGUAUGUCUAUCACAUGUCUAGUAUUGCAAAACUGUACACUUUUCUUUCAGAGAUGUUUCCAGUGUAACUGGUGCCCCUGAGAUGUUGGGAGGAAGGGUGAAGACUCUACACCCCGCUGUUCAUGGAGGUGCCCUCUCUGCUUUUAUUUAUUUAUUUAUUUAGGUUUGCCAGUUCUUUGCAGGGUCACCACAAGAGCAUAGUGCCAAAUAAUGCGAGCUUGUAACAGUCCUUCCCCUAUGAGAGAGGCCACCACACCAAGGACUACAUCCCUUACUCUUUACAAACAGUUGGUUCUUUUACAUUCCACAGUAUUUUUAAGUUGUGCAAAGAUUGUGAGAUGCGGCCUACAGUUUAUUGUCCAUAUCUGAGUGUACUAGAAAGUCUAGGUGUUUGCAGAUGUCUUUACAAAGGCAGCACUUUCUCCUCAGACCCUGAGUGUUAGUCUGUCCGGGGUUUGAACCAGUGGCCUCCCGUAUGGCAGACCAGUAGUUAUCCAAUUGAGCUUACAGGGCUGAGCUUGCCAUCCUGGAUAAACGUUGAAUGUUAAGAAUAGAAAUGAGCGAACAAAAUUAGUUUAGCUAAUAUUUGAAUCAUGUAAAAAUUUGUCGUGUUGUCUAGAUUGUAGUUAUAUGUGGUAUGUCAGUGUGGAUUCGGUACGACAUAUUUACAUGGAUAGUUUAAAUGCAAACUGGUUUUUAUUUCAGGAAUUCUUGCCAGACUAACUGAAGCUGAUAAAUCUGAUAUGACACAACAAGGAUAUGAAUAUAUCAGGUAACAUAUAUUACAGACUACAGUACUCUUAUUAAAAUAACAUUAUACACUGUAAAUGAUUUGCUAUCAACAUGUUAUUAAGGCUUGAUCUACGGGGACUUUCUGAAUUAUGUUUUGCAGAAUUGUGGUGUGUAACUUGUAUCCUUUUGUAAAAACAAUUUCAAAGGAAGGAUGCACAAUGGAAGAUGCCGUGGAAGAAAUUGACAUUGGUAAAAAUGCUGCCAUAUUUCAGCUUUUUUUUUCCCGUUUACAUACUGAGACUAUAAGAGAGCUUAUAACCUGCAGUGCAUGCAUCUUCUGGUGUUGAUUCACUGUGCAAAUGUUCAAAUGUAGCACUGAUAGAUAAAAGGAGAUAGCACAUCAUUGGCCUAAGGUAUAUGAAAUAAAGAAUUGUUUUUCAAUAAUUUAUAGGUGGUGUUACCCUUUUAAGAGCUGCUGCUAAGGUAUAUGAAAUAAAGAACUGUUUUUCAAUAACUUAUAGGUGGUGUUACCCUUUUAAGAGCUGCUGCUAAGAAUCAUGCACGGGUGACUGUCAUAUGUGAUCCUAAAGAUUACGACAGGUUAGUGUUAAAUUAUAGCUGCUACACAGCUGUUACUCUGCCAACAUAUAAAAGUUAACAUUUCUGUGUACUCUAACUACGUGAAUAAUCUUUUUAGAUAUUAAUUUUCUAUUAAAUCCUCUGUUGCUUAUAGGGUAGCUGAUGAAAUGACCUCUACUGAUGACAAGGACACCUCAAUUAAUACAAGAAAAAUGCUUGCAUUAAAGGUGGGCAUGGUUGUCAGAAAGUUUUGAAGUAGAUGGCUGAGUUGUCAAAAUAAGUGGCCAGUUCAGGGACAUUUUAUUUUAAUCACACCAUCUGUAAAGAAAUGCCAAGCAGAGUAGCCGUCUAAUACUAAUCAAGUAGGCGGCAAUUUUCACCGGCAACUUGCUACUUUUGACAACCCAGGGUGGGUGUAAAUCUAAGUUUACCAACCAUUUGUACUUUACUGCAGGGUUCUUUUCAUAACAGUAUGACAUGGUGGCCUGUUCUAGAAACCUAGCUACGGGCAUUGUUUUACUGUUCUUAAAUGAUAGCACCCUGGCUUGCUUUGGUUAAAAGCAUUGGGACUCCCAAGAACAUAGACACUGUAGCCUUAUACAGGCUUCCCAUCCAUGUGUUAAUGAUAUGUUCCAGUCAUGAGUCUCUCACAGUGAAUACAUUGUAGGUACACGCUGCCCAACCAUGUGUUAAUAAUAUGUCCCAGUCAUAAGUCUCUCAGAGCAAGUACAUUGUAGCCUUGUACAGGCCGCCACCAAGCCGUGUGCUAAUAACAUUUCAGUCUUCAACUGCACAGAUGUACAGGACAAAACUUAUCUAACCUGUAUUAUUUUAAUAUGUUUCAGGCCUUUAGUCAUACUGCAGCUUACGAUGAGGCCAUUUCUGAUUACUUCAGAAAGAAAUACAGUGAAGGAGUGUCUCACAUUCCCCUUCGCUAUGGCAUGAAUCCCCAUCAAAAGCCAGCACAGUUGUUUACAUCAGAGCCUAAACUGCCAGUCAACAUUCUGAAUGGAUCUCCUGGCUUCAUCAAUCUCUGUGAUGCUUUUAACUCAUGGCAGCUUGUUAGGGUCAGUUUUCAAAUCUAGUUACAAGUCUAUACCGUUAGGGUACUGCUGUUAAACCCAUUAACAUCUGGACUUUGCUUCUCUUGCACUAGCGCUUGUAAGAAAAAUUUUCCAUUCAGAUUUUGGCUGAAAUUGACAAAUCCAUGUUUAGAUCAAUGAUCUCAAAUUAUCGAAAACUAGCAGUCAAAUUAUUUGAGUUAUUUUUCAGUUACUUAGGCUUUGUUCUUACAUUUAGAUCUCAAGUUAUUUUUAAAAAAAAAGGUUGGAUGUGACCUGUCAUUUUUUUUUUUUCAUCCUUUGAUGAUGAACCAAUGCAAAAUAAUUGUUUUAAAAAUUGCUCUCAAAAUCAAAAUCAAAGAAUCUCAAGUGGUCUAGGUCUAGCAAUUAUUUACCAAUCACUCUAACUUUAGAAAGCACUUCACUGUGUUUGUUUGUGACCAAAAUUAUUAUUUUUGUUUUUCAUCCAUUUUAGUUGCUAUAACAGUCUUUUUAUCUCUUUGCCUAUAUUAGGAGUUGCGGCAGUCUUUAGAUUUGCCAGCAGCUGCAUCUUUCAAACACGUCAGUCCAGCUGGAGCAGCUGUAGGUGAACCGCUGACAAAAGAACAGGCCAAACUGUGCAUGGUUGAUGAUAUGAUUGACAGCUUGACACCACUGGCCACGGCUUAUGCUAGGGCAAGAGGAGCUGAUAGGAUGUCAUCAUUUGGUGACUGGGUUGCACUGUCAGAUGUCUGUGAUCUUCCAACAGCAAAAAUCAUUUCAAGAGAGGUAAAACUUUGUUCUGCUUUUUGCUUCAGUGCUUCAUUAAAAAGCCUUAAACUAGUAAUCUUGAAUCAAAUUAUAUAAAGGGUUUAUGGCUAGUACAGUUGUAGAGGUCCCUGAACAUGUGUUGGUGGACUGCUGUUAUGUGGAUGGCACAUAGCUUUAUGUUGUUGCCAGCCUAGAGCUGUAAGGUUUUUUUGUAAGCUUGCAAAUUCAAACAAAACCAGUAAGUACAGGGCUGUGCUCUAGCAGAGUCCAGUGACCCCUGGUGCCUAACUCCUGCCCUAGGGUGACUAGAAAAUCUCAGAUUUUUCAUACAAAUCAUAUGCUGGGCACCCUAGAUUUUACAGUUUCAGAGCGCUGGGGUCCCUUCAAUUUUCCUUACAGCGCAGCCUUGAAGUAACAAUAUUAUGGUACAUUUUUAUGCCAUGCAUUGUUGUCGUUAACUUUGUUUUUGUAUAUGUUUUUGGUGAUGGUUUUGUGCUUUGUGGCUUCUUCACCCAUUAAGGUUUCAGAUGGUAUAAUUGCUCCUGGCUAUGAACCAGAUGCAUUAGAAGUGCUGAAAAAGAAGAAAGGAGGCAAAUACUGUGUUCUUGAGGUAGGUCAAAUUACCUAAUGAUAAUGAUUGAUAUAACAAUAACAAUAAUAACUUAUUAUAAUUAUAUUUAACCAACUGCUUCGCUUAAGUGGAAGGUGGGUGCCUGGGAUACCCAAGGGCUUCCACUGUGGUCAGCCAGCCCCUAGCUAGAAUAGUGCCCCAUCGCUGGCAAAUCCCCGCAACCCAGUUAUGAGCCCCCACUCCAAGCUGAAGGGACUCUCCGAGCUGAUGCAUGCCAGAUCGGAGAGGGAAAGAGGAGGGGCAGAUCCAGGAUUUUUUCAAAGAGGGGGUUGUUCUGAGAUACUAUAUUAAGGACUAAGAGUACAGUGCAACAAUGAUAGUUGUUUGUCUCUUUCUUUACCUGCCUAUUCAAUCAAACAGACUAGGUUGAAUGGGCCUUCUUGGAUGAGCCCUUACUAAGGCUUCCUGGCAUAUCUUGUCUACCUCUACCUCGAUUUGCGCAAAUCUCUUGGAGUAGUACAUGACGAUCACUGCGAGGUUAGAGAAUCACUCUUCAGACAUUGUUGAGCAGGUCUUGAUUCAUUUCAUCAGCUGUGAAAAUGAUCACUCAGCUUCUGUGCUUGUAAUCAGUAGGGUGCAGGCAAUGAGCAGAAGAUGAUGGAUGUUUGGGAAAGUAUCUUCAUCCCAAGCACCCCAUGUUAGUAAUAGGUUGUUUGGAAGCUCCCUAUCUGUUGACUGCCAGAGUGUUUUCCUUCUACUUACCUCACUUCCAAGGGAUUUGGGAAGUAGAAUGUCUUUCUCCCAGAACAGCAUGCCUUCUACUUCAUCAUCCAGCUGCAGUGCCUUAUUUACUAUAAUCGAUGGCACUAGAAAAAGUAGAUGGCGGGCGUGGUGGUCUUUGUCAAAAAUCGAUUGCAGUUGGAUGAUUAGGAGUCAAGAGGAGGAUACAGUCUUCUUGUCUUCUUGUAAUGAUCGAUUGGACUGGAACUUAUAUUAUAACUCAUAAUAUUAUUUUUCGUAUGAAAAGGGAUAGACAUAGGUAGCCAGACAAGUUUCAAAACUACCCAAUGGGGGGUUGCAACCCCCUCAACCCUUCCCCUAGAUCAGCCUCUGAAGAGGGGCUCAAGGCUGGGGGAAGCCUCGAGAAAAGUCAAAUAACCAGAACUUGGCAGACCCUGCUUCUGAGAAGGUACAACAAAAGCCCAGCCCAACACCGGCUAGACUGGCAAUUGCCUGAAGAUGCUGGAGACUCUGUUAGUGACAAGGCAGAGAAAGUUGAGGAGCCUGAAGCAACUGAUGUAGUAGCCGGAGAUCUAGUGUGAAAAUUGUAGAGGUCUGGGUGCAUGCAAGACCAGUUGGUUGAAUCUGAGGCUGCUGCUUCUUUUCUGAAAGCGAUGUCCUAGUGGAGCCAUGAUUUGUCAGAGAAGCGUCCUGCUGUCUGAAUAAUGAGUAACUUUUACUGCCUUAAACCUUUCCAGCGAGAGGGAAAGGUGUGGCAAAGAAUCAUACAAAAGAUUGUGAAGGCUUCUAUCCAGGUGACGAUGUCUGCUAUUUCAACAACCCGUUUCUGAGACCUUGAUACCACCAGUUUUCCCUCCAAAAACACGUGGGCUUUGAUUUCUUGAGCUUGAAUAUUGUCUCGUAGUAGGUCGGCCAGGUCCACAAAAAGGCCUGUUGCAAUUUUAAAAAGAAGCUUAUACGCGACUGAGCAUAGCCAGGACCCACCACAAAAGACACUAAAGCAACCUCUCCACAGAUGAAGAACUCAAAGAUCUUAGCGGUGUUAAAGGCUACCACAGUUAGUUCUAUCAUGUGAGCUGGAUGCCCGCUAAGCUCAUGGGCGACUUGACUUCUAAGGUUGUGGACUGCUUGACUGCUGAGCUUUUGGACCACUUAACUGCUAAGCUUGUGAACCACUUGACCAGUAUGCUUGUGAACCACUUCACUGCUAAGCUGAUGAACCUCUUGACUGCUAAACUCAUGGACUGCUUGACUGCUAAGCUGAUGGUAGUCAACGUAGUUAAAUUACAUUUAACCAAAUUAAUAACAUAUUACUAUUGUUAUUACAAUCCAAUCUCCCUGUGCAACCCCUCUCCAAAAGUUUCCCACUCCUAAGCAACAUAAACUAAGCAAAACAUAUUGUAACUUGGUUGGGCUAAAAAAUAAGGGGGGGGCCUCCCCUGGAUCCACCACUGUGAUUCUUGCACAUAAAAAUAUUAUGGUUUGCUAUCCUCAACUGGUAACAAAGGUCAUAUUCAUGAAGCAUACCAGUUGCCUUUAAAUUAUGCACCAUAGCAAAAUAGUGAACCUGUUGUGAUAAAUCAUAGAGCACUCAUUUUUUGAUCACAUCUAUCAAAACUUUUGAAAAACUUUGAUGGAGAAAAUUUUAUCACAUUUUAAAUUAUAAGAGUCAAAAGUAAGAAGAUUUCCCUUUUUAAACUUUGUUUUUUUUUAUGCAGAUGGAUCCUGACUAUGAACCUGCUGAAUACGAGACUCGAACCAUCUUUGGGCUUAAACUUGAACAACUAAGAAACAAUGCCAGGAUUGACAAAAGUUUCUUUACCAACAUACCGUCAAAGAGAAAAGAGGUAUGUGACUUGUUGAUUCCCAUACCUGGUUUCAGUCAACAGUCAUUCAUAAUAAUGAAAUUUUGUUGCGGUCUAUUCAUUAUGACAUGUUCCCUAGUGAUUGCUAUCAUGCUCAAAGCAACUUGGAAACCAACAAUGUAUGACCCUUACAGCUUCUCAUAUUUAUGCUAUUGUUUUUUUCCUGCUAUGUUUUGUGUAUGACAAGGAACUAAUCUUUUGUUGCUAUAAAAAGAGUUUUUUCAUUGAAUGGAAAUAGUAAUAAGUGGCAACGAGAAGGGUAACAGCUUAACUCCCUUCAAAUUUUCCCAGCCAAUUUCCCUUUGUUUGUUUGUUUUUGGUUCUUUCACCGUCUAAAGUGAUACCUGGACCCCAUUGUUCAAAAGGUGGAUAGCGCUAUCCACUGGAUCAAUCACUCUCCAGCGGAUAAGUAGUACAAAAACCAAUCGCAUUAUCCACUGGAUAGUGAUUUAUCUGGUGGAUAGCGCUAUCCACCUUUUGAACAACUGAGGCCGGUGAAAGUUUAGUUGGUAUUGGGAGAGGGUUCCCACACUGACAGUUUAGGAUGCAACAAAUAGGACCUUAUGAUCCAACAACGGCGAUGUCCAUGAAAACCUUGCUGAAAAAUAGACUCUGCAGCCUUUCAAAUCAUUUCGCGAUUAUCCCAAGUUGCCCAGUUACUUAAAAGAAGGGAAUUUAUGUUGGAGCUGAAGAGAGGGGUCCGCACUCGAGUUCAGACAGAGAUGGUAGAACUUAUCGCCUUGCUGUUCCGGUCCUCCAAAAAGACUUAGAAUUUAGUUGUGCAUGGACGGCAAAGAAAUGUACAAAGAAGUGUGAUGCACGUGCAGAGUUGUUGUUUUGUUAACUAAACCCAUUGCUUUUUGACGUUGCCGUUGGUCUUGCCGACGUAGUUUCGUAAGGAAAGGCAACUGAGUAUCAGUUACCAUCACAGUGGCUAAUACCUAAAUUUUCUUUCUAGAAAUUUCCAUUAUUUAUGCCUGGUUCAGUCUGACUUGUAACCAUGCCCCCCCCCCCCCCCCCCCCCCCCCCCACGGACCUGCCCUUUUUUUUUUUUCUUUUCGGUUUUCCGCCCCCCCCCCCCCCCCCGGGACCACCACCACCCCCCCCACCCCCCCCCGCCCCCCCCCCUACCCCCCCCCCCCCCCCCCCCCUCCCCCUCCCCACCUCAUCUUCGCUCUUUUUGCUUCUAUAAAAUUCCAUUUUUUUUCGCUCGGUCCUGCUGUGCUCUAACCAUUCCCCCGCCCCCCCCCCGCAUUCUCCCCAGGGAUUUGUAAUUUUUUUCUUUUUUUGGGGUCUGUUCCCCCCCCCCAGGCCGCAGGGGAAAAUUUCCCCCCCUCCCCCCCCCCCACCCCCGAGCUCCUCAUCAUCCUCAUAUACAUUUUUUAUGGAAACGUCUUUUUGGUGCGUACAAAUGUAAUGCGAGACUUUUCACAACUUUUAUAAACGUUUUCCAGAGUUUAUUGAGAGAAGGAUGAUGGAUGUCAUAUUGUAGUUAAGACAUGAACAAUAAAUUUGAAAAUGAAAACGAAGAAGAAAAACUCUUUAAAAAGAACCUCCUUGGUAUAACCCUUCAUAAGAACACUGAAUCUCUGGACUAUCUAUAUGCAUCAAAAGCCUUGUACCCGUUUUCAUAUAAGUUGUCUUUGUAUAUUAAAGCUAGACUGAAGAAAUGUUUCAGUCCUUCUUUUCCAAAAAAAUAAAAUGUACGCAUCAUACGCACAUUUGUUUCAAAUUUUAAAACAAUUUUUCCUCUAAAUACAUAGCCUUGAGGUCCUCAUCCAUCGUUCAAACUGCGCAAGAAAUGACAUGUACUUCGCAAAAUCGAAGAGAAGAUAGUAUUUUUUAUUUGCCCCAGCCCCCUUCCCACGGGACAAACAAUUCCCCAACCCCCGGGCCAGAAAGGCUGGACUUGUCCCGGGGGCUGCCUGGUGGGGGGGGGGGGGGGGGGGUGGUAGCAGGUCAAACUGAAUGAUGCAUUAGCUUCAUGCCCUUUCGUGUUAAGCUAUUUGUUAUCUUUCAGACAUUCAAUUCUCAGGUCUAUGUAUUUGAUUAGGAUUGAGUGAUGAUAUAUACUGAAUGCAUUUCACAUUACAUUUUACAUUUUCUUUUCAGUUACCAAAGAGUGCCUUGCGUGAUUUAACUGUGGCCAGUAUUGCCUUGAAGUACACCCAGUCUAAUUCAGUGUGUUAUGCCAAGGAUGGGCAGGUAAUCCAUUAAUGAUCGCUUCAUCAGGGAUAUCUCCAUUAGUUGUUGAAUCAGUUACUUACUCAAUUAAGGGCAUACCAUCUUAGCCAUGUCAGUUGUAUAAGCUUUAACCGGAACUCCAGUAAUUCAAUUUUCUUAUAUAAUUUCCUUAGCGACAGAAUCUUUGUUUUAGUUUAAAAUACAAUACUCUUAUUUCAAGCCAAAAUGAUGGAAAAUGUUAGCUGUAGCAAAAUUUUAGGCUACAUUUUAAAUUGUUUACAUCCUGUAACUUGUGAUAUAUAUUGUCUAUAUUAGGUAAUAGGCAUUGGAGCAGGACAACAGUCUCGUAUCCACUGUACCAGGCUAGCAGGUGACAAGGCAAACAACUGGUAAGAAUAAUAAUAUUAUUAUUUAUCCACCUGUGAAAUGUGGUAGUGUACUGUGUCUGUGUCUGACAUCACCGAGUUAUCUCAGUCGAUUGAAUGCCAGUCUGCUGGACCCCAAGUAAAAACAUUCGGCCAUUAACCUCCUCUCUUACAACAAUACCAAAAAAGUUAGUAAGGGAUGUUCAAAUACAUAUUUUACUGUUCAAAUUGAGCAAAGGCUAAGAUGGUGGAGCAAUAUAAUAGACUAGGCCCUGUGAUGCCAAGGGUUGAAUGCUUCACGAGGUACUGAAUUUUCUUACAGUGGUAGCCUUCGAUUUUCAUCAUUUAUGUACUUUUCCCCCCAAAACUGUGAUCUAUGCAUAAAGUACCGUAAGAGUUGGCCCAGCUGCCUUUAAAUAUCAGCCCAUCUUUAAUUAUAUCUCACAUAUCUCUUUUUUGUGUGAUUAACAGGUGGCUUCGUCAACACCCCAGAGUCAUGGGUAUGGUUUUCAAGAAGGUGUGAAUAUUUACUAGAAUGUUUGAUUGGGUUUUGAUAAUAUUGUUUCUAUUGAAAAGCUCUUUUCCUGUCAGCCUAAAUGCAGUUCUCUUACAAAAAAAGGUUACUGUUAGCUGAUUGAAGAUAAAGAAAAUUCACUUUAUAUCUUGAGACAGAGCACAUCUAGAUCUGUAGAAUAAGACAUUUUAAUGUCAUGCGUUCCUUUGGGAUGAUCCAGGUCAAGAUUUAUGAUCCAAGAUUACUUGGAUCGAUCUGCAUCAAAGGAGCCAUGAUAUUCCAGACGAUACUUUUGAUGCACCACUAGCCAGAUCUUUGAUCAUUAAUCCCAAUUGGGGUUCUUCCAAAGGAAUACACCUAGUCAAGUUCAGUUGCAUACAUCAAUCAUCACCUUGGCUUAUUUAAUUAAGGUAUUAUUUUUUUCAGGGAGUAAAGAGAGCAGAAAUGUCAAAUGCCAUAGAUGUGUAUGUUAAUGGAACAGUUGGGCAGGUGAUAUUACAAACAAACAUUCACGUAAUGUGAAGAUACCAACUAUUGAUAUUUACCAAUUGAAUCUCUUCCUACUGAAUUAGUCCAUAAGUGUCAAAUACUUGCUUUACUACUAUAAAAUGUCCUGCUCUAGGCCCAAUAAAUUAUUGCUGUGGUAGAGUUUGUGGUUCACCAAAGGGUCCACUUUUUGUGAUUGGAAUAUUCACCUAUGAUUGUAAAUCAAGUUGCCAAGCAUGUAUUAUUUGCACUCACUUCAGGAUACAGAUAAAGAAGCUUGGACAGAAAUGUUUGAAAACCCACCAGAACUUCUAACUGAGGUAUGUCGUUGUACAAAUUGCCAUAUAUAUAUAUAGGCACUGAUUGAUUUUGAUUUCUCAAGUCCCAAUGGUUAGAAAACAUGGUCUAAAUCAACAAAACUCAGAAACCCAGGCAUUGUUUGGGAUACACAACAGCCUUUAUUAAUCAUAACAAAGUACAAUACAUGGUAAAUAACUAAAAGGUAAUAUCUAGUAUACAAAUAAAGUACUCCAACAAAUAAGGAAGACCAAACUAAAAAAAUCAGAACAACCUCAAUCAAGUAAUAAAAGUGAUCACAUUGUCCAUGAAUAGAACAAAACAAAACCCUACAGGGAAGAAGGGAGGGAAAUAAUUGCUAGUGCAAUAAAAUUGAAUGUUGCUACUGCAAUGCCAAGUGAAAAUGUGACUAAACUAGAAUUGUAUUUGUCUGUAACCUACAUGUACAGGCAUGGUUUUCCUGUCUAUUGUAAAACUACUAUAUCGUAGGUACUAAACACAUGGUAUUACAAAAUCUCUCAUGAAUGUUAAAAAACUACUGUGAUGUUGUACUAGUCCUGCAUCCCAACGUGUCGCCUUCGUUUGAGAUUUAGAACCGCAUCAGUCAUCUCAACUGAUGCACCCCAUAUAUGAAGGAGGGAACAAUAACAAGAAAUCAAUUAUUAAUUUCUUAAUAGGUUCGACACUGUUACAAACCAAUAAUGAUUUUUUUUUGUCUGACAUACAUUUGUGCCUGUGAGUAAAGACACCAACUUGAGACUUCAGGUGUGUUAUCACUGGAGUAAAGUUAACUGGCAAUCUGGCCCCAGUUGUUCACUAACCAAGGGUUAAAUUUUAACCUGGGUUUCUUUUUCGUUUGUUGAAAAGUAUUUUCCCAGGUAAUUUUCUCUAUUCUUUGUCGAGCUUCCAAUCAUCAAAUUGUAGGCAAAACAAAUAAACUGAGUUUGCUUUUUAAGCUUUCAUAUCUGAAUUCAAAUUUUGCACUAAACCCAGGUUAUGUUAACCCUGCUUUGAACAACCCGGCCCAGGUGUUUUGGAGGAAAGUGUUGAAGUUAGAGUAAAAUGUGAAAUAGGUCUGUGAGUCUAACAUCAAAGGAGAAAGAAAAUACUGUAGAUUUUAAAUCAAACUGGGAAAAAUGCACACUCUAAUAGUUUUAGUAUAAGCUAUAUGUAUUUUCUCUUAAGCCGUUUUUUCUUUUAAGUCAUGUCCUAGUGGGAUAUCAUAGCAAGACUUUGUAAAGAAGCAAGGGAAGGUUGGCAAUACUUGCAAUUUUGAGGUUGUGCAUGAGACUAUUGCAGGUUAGACAGUGAUCAUCCCUUGGAUGGUCAGCUAGCCAAGGCAAACCUAGACUCAACUGACUGAAAGGGACUGCUCACAGUUGAAUCACUGGUAGAUGGUGAGAACCUUCAAGGCUUGACAGGCCACACGUCAGCUAAUAAUAUUUCUAUUUUUUUUUUCCAAAUACACUGUAUAUCCAGUCACCACAAUUGAUUUAUGAAAAUCUAUGAUCUUUUGUCUGACUAGGCUGACAGAAAAGAGUGGAUUGCAACCCUUCAGGGUGUUUCUCUAAGUUCAGAUGCCUUCUUUCCAUUUAGAGACAACAUUGACAGAGCCCAUCUGGUUUGUAUUAAUAAUUUAUUAAAAUAUCUCAACUUUUUUUUUACAAUGGUAUCAGCACAAACACUUAAGGGAACCAGCAAAUGGUCAUCGUUGACCAUUCCAAUAUCAUAAUAUAAUAUAAUUAUCAUAAUAGUCAACAUGUGAUUCCACAAGUGAUUUUCAGAAAGUACUUUAGUCCGCCGACUAAAUUUUUCAAGUUACAAUGGCUUAUCUUAUCUGUACUAGCCAAGAAUCUUGUAUUUAGCCAAAAUACUUCUGCUAUUACCAACACUUUUGUGGAAGGCUUAUCAUUUAUUAACAAAUUUGUUAGAGUAAGCACAAUUUUGACUUCAAAGGUAAAAGGUACAACUAGGUAAAAUUGACAAAAUGUACAUUGUUCACAUUCCUCCUCAACAUUUACCUCCACUUUCUCUUUAGAAAUCUUGACUUCUUUCGACGUCAUUGGCAUUAUUUUUGCAGUGAUAAUGGUUUUUACAAAAACCCUCACAAUAGUUGGUCAUUACAAAAAUAUAAAGAAAAAGAAUACAAAUACAACUCCCAAACACUAUCUUUAUUAUAAUGUUUUUAAAGACACUAGCCUUCUGUGUAUCAUUGAUGUGAGUUUUGUGUCUAAACCUGAGGUUUAUUUUUACAAAUGAAGUCUAAACUGAGGUGUUUGUAUUGUUAGAGUGGUGUGGAGUUCAUUGCCAGCCCUGCAGGAUCUGUGGCUGAUGAGGUGUGCAUCAAGGCAGCUGAUGAACAUAACAUGACUAUGGUGCUUACUAACAUGCGACUCUUUCAUCACUGAUUUAGACAUCACAGCACAGAUUCAAGCCUCACUGCUUGACAUUUAUAUAUUAGUCUACCUUAUUAAAGCAUCUUUUAGUUCGGUCUUUUCAGUGGACUUCAAACUGCCUCUAUUUCACUGAUGAAAUGAUGAAGCUGCAUAGUAGCUAUGUCUCACAUAAAGAUUAGAAGCUUUUUAGAAAAGCUAAACACCUGUUGUUCACUCUGUCUUAAGUAAAUUAUUAAGAUAUAAAUUAAGCAUUUGUAUUCGUGUUUCUGUAGUAACCUUUCUGACAAUAAAGGUAUUGCUGCACGUUCAAAAUGCUACGGGUAUUUUCUUGAUUGUUAACUGUGACUCUUGGGGAAUGU